UAUUUCAACAACAUUAAGCAGUUUUAUCUUGAAUAUAGGUGGGGAGUGUUGUGUCUCCUCAAAAGUUUUGUUACGUGUUAUAGUACGAAAAUAAUAAUUUUUAUGAAAGUGUUAUAGUUUAUUUACAGGAAAUAAAAAUUGCGUUGCAAGUGUUUAUUGAAAAAUAUUUACAUUUUGAUAAAAUUUGUGAAACUUUAAUAAUAAUUAUUUUAAGUUUAUGAAAUUAUUCAACAUGACUUUUACUGAAGUGAUAUUUUUGUGGUUAACAACAUUUCUCGUAUUAACUAAUCGUAUAAAUGCCACUAAGGAGCACUGCAAUAAGGAAGAGGACUUGCUGCAAAGGUGUUCCAUGGCACUACCAGUGUUAAGUUCUCCAGAAAUAUCAUUUGCACUUACACGGGAGGAGUUGGAUAAAAGUUGUGUAGAACUUCGUGCUGGGAUAAAAUGCAUAGACAACUACACAGAAGUGUGCAUGGAAAAGAGUAAGCAAGUGAUGUUCAGAAGAAUAUACGCAGGCAUUACGGAAGUGGUCCAAGAAUUGUGCACGCGCGGUAGCUAUCAAGACGAGUAUCUGAGGCAUGCUGACUGCGUGAAGAAGGUCAGGCCCGAGUAUGAGACGUGCAGCAGAAACUAUGAAGGGACAUUGACAGCUUUGACGAACCACCAGAAAAAGGAUCAGUACGAAACGGACAGUGACAGUCAAGGAGAUUACCUGAGAACUGUUUGCUGCUCAUUCCAAGAAUACCUGCUGUGUUCAGAGAGAACGGUUCAGAGGUCGUGCGGUGAUGAAGCAGCUUUGUUCACUAGUGCAUUCCUUAAACGGAUGGCUUCUAACAUUAUUAAGAACUUUUGUUUCGAUUAUCGGGGGCAGGAAUGUGGCUUGGCAGACAUAGGAACGUCGAAUCAACUCAAUAUAAUCCUAAUCGUUGUUACUAUUUUAGCAACUAUACUUCCUCAUAUAUCGCUGGUUCCCGCGUAAUCUAAUCAACUUCGUGUAGUAGGAAAUCGAAUUUUUAAUUACACUUAUUUCAUAGUUGUAAUUAGUGUGGGAACUUUCUUGCGAGCGACGCGACGAUGCAAUAUGCAGUGAGGUGUAAAUAAUUAAUGUAGGUUUACUCAGGUCGUAUAUUUUGCUAUACCUGAUGGCUAGCAGAGGUUGUGUUUGAGAUGUAUGGUUGUAUGGAUGAUAUAGUUACGUUUAGCUCAUGUUACCUGCUAAUUUUAAGAUUAGUGCAUUGAGAUUUGAAAUGAAGAGAACAACUAUUUUUGUUUUGCUUUAUACAAGGUUAUUUUUGUACGUUUCGCUUCUGUUCAUAGCUUGUUAAUAAGUAGGCACGUAAUCCAUUAUUUAUUUUAUAUGCCAUGAUUUAAUGUUUCGAUAUUUUUGCUUACUUUAUUAUUAUAUCUUUGUAUCAUCCCUUUUAUCAAUAUAGUUUUAUUAGAACAGUAUAAAUGUACAUCUGUGGAGUUAUUUUAUAUUUGAUAUCAAAAUAAAUCUUUUAUGACCGUCUUGCUAGUUUAUAAAUAUUUUUUUGCAAUUUAAAUAUGUCAGGCAUAAUAAUAAUAAUAAUAAACUCAAUUGUUCAAAUAUUUAUUUGUAAAAUAUGUUAGUUACUGUUACCUUAGCAUGCAUUAGCAUGGAGUCGUCGAAUAUUUUGCGCCAAAGACUGGAUGGAAUUCGUGAAGGCAUUUAGAGAAGGAUUAUAAUUCAUAUUGUUAUGUUCCUAAUAGUGUAGGUAAUGUCAUAUGAAUAUUAUAUACCACUUCACCAUGUAUCUUUUGCAAAUAAUUCGAAUAAAAUCAUGUUAUAUAGCAUAUUACGUGUUAGUUAGACAUUCGACAUGCGAUAUCUUAUAUUAUACAAAAGUAUUAAAUGUUAAAUUACUCACGUAACAAUGUAAUGUCUGUAUAAAUUAUAAUUCGAUACGAUAAUAAUUACCCACGAUUAUUCAAAUACAAUAAAAUAUUGAGUUUAUUUAAUGUUUUAUUAUAAAACAUAUAAUUUACAUAUAAAAUAAGAAUGUUAUUUAAAAACGAUAGUAUUUGUAUGCCUUUCAUCAUGUAUAACAACAAACAUGUGAAUGAAACAUUUACAAGAUAAAAUUAAGAUAGAAUACAAUAAAUAUUGUGUAACAAUUAUUAUUGCCCAUUCACCUAUGUAUUUAAUACGUGUAAGUUAAGCUCAAUUUUCAUUUUUUAAUAAAGACAUUUGUUGUGUUAUUGCUAUCAAUAAUUUAUUACGUGUUUGUAUGAUUUCUUUAUGAUUUCUAUCGUAAACUAGGUAGCUAUGUACGAACGUUACAAAAUUAAAAUAUUAUGUUACUUAGCUCAGAACUUCCUGUGAUAGUUUGAUGAAAUUAAUAGAAAUAAGUUGAUAUUAUUUGCUAUUAAAAUAUGUUAAGAUUUU